CACAGGAACAAACGUCGCAUCCGCGGUGCUGCUGUAAUCCCAGCACCUUGGGAGCCCGGCAGGCGGGGGCUGCAGUGAGCUGAGAUCGCGCCACUGUCUGACGACAGUGCUGAAAGUAUUUCAGGACAGCCAGGAGGGGGCGCACAUCCGCCGACAAACUGUGAGCAAGAGCGUCUGUGCUGAACCACGGAGCCACCAGAGGGCGCGCGAUCCCGCCCCAACGAACUUCCCGCGGAGGUGCCAGAAGCAGCGAGGAGCUUCAACUUCCUCAGGGCAGCACGAGGGUCGUGUUAACUUGGUGUUCUUCAUUGAGACGGGGUUUCACCGUGUUAGCCAGGAUGGUCUCGAUCUCCUGACCUCGCGAUCCGCCCGCCUCGGCCUCCCAAAGUGCUGGGAUUACAGGCGUGAGCCACCGCGCCCGGCCUCAGCUGGUUUUUCAAAAGUCAUGGCGUGUAAUUGUCAGAACAGUGAACUUCGGAGAUCCACCGGAGGGGCGAGGCCACAGCUCAACCGCGAGCACCUGAGCAUCCUGCACCGCCUGCGACGGCCGUCAGGGGGCGCGAUGCCGCCUCACAGAACCUCAAGAGGCGCCCGGGUUCCGGCACAGAAGCCCGGCGGCUCCAGGGGGCGGAGCCGAGCCGCCUCCUCAGGACCUACGCAGGAGGCGCCGUCAUCCCUACAGGGACACCUGAGAGGACCCAGCCUCCUCCUCCUCAGGACCCACUCGGGAGACGCCGCUGGCUCUAUAGGAACACCUGGGGACCGUGGCCAGGGACCACCCAGCCUCCUUCUCCUCAGCUCCUCAGGAACGACUGGGGAAGCUGUGGCUUCAUGGUCCCCGAGGCUGCCCGAGGAAAGGUAUUUCAGGACAGCCAGGAGGGGGCGCACAUCCGCCGACAAACUGUGAGCAAGAGCGUCUGUGCUGAACCACGGAGCCACCAGAGGGCGCGCGAUCCCGCCCCAACGAACUUCCCGCGGAGGUGCCAGAAGCAGCGAGGAGCUUCAACUUCCUCAGGGCAGCACGAGGGUCGUGUUAACUUGGUGUUCUUCAUUGAGACGGGGUUUCACCGUGUUAGCCAGGAUGGUCUCGAUCUCCUGACCUCGCGAUCCGCCCGCCUCGGCCUCCCAAAGUGCUGGGAUUACAGGCGUGAGCCACCGCGCCCGGCCUCAGCUGGUUUUUCAAAAGUCAUGGCGUGUAAUUGUCAGAACAGUGAACUUCGGAGAUCCACCGGAGGGGCGAGGCCACAGCUCAACCGCGAGCACCUGAGCAUCCUGCACCGCCUGCGACGGCCGUCAGGGGGCGCGAUGCCGCCUCACAGAACCUCAAGAGGCGCCCGGGUUCCGGCACAGAAGCCCGGCGGCUCCAGGGGGCGGAGCCGAGCCGCCUCCUCAGGACCUACGCAGGAGGCGCCGUCAUCCCUACAGGGACACCUGAGAGGACCCAGCCUCCUCCUCCUCAGGACCCACUCGGGAGACGCCGCUGGCUCUAUAGGAACACCUGGGGACCGUGGCCAGGGACCACCCAGCCUCCUUCUCCUCAGCUCCUCAGGAACGACUGGGGAAGCUGUGGCUUCAUGGUCCCCGAGGCUGCCCGAGGAAAGACAGAGUCUCAACCAGGCUGGAGUGCAGUGGCGUGAUCUCGGCUCACUGCAACCUCCGCCUCCCAGGUUCAAGCGAUUCUCCUGCCUCAGCCUCCUGAGUAGCUGGUAUUACAGGCGCCUGCCAUCAUGCCCGGCUAAUUUUUGUAUUUUUAGUAGAGAUGAGGUUUCACCACGUUGGCCAGGCUGGUCUUGAACUCCUGAUCUCAGGUGAUCCGCCCGCCUCAGCCUCCCAAAGUGCUGGGAUUACAGGCAUGAGCCACCACUCCUGACCAACAUCUUACAUCAUUUCUUGUCAUACUUAAUGACUGGGUAUUACUAUAUUAUUAAAUAAGCUCACAUCUUAUUUGGUUUCCCUUAGUUCUGCCUUUUUCUCUCCCAGGAUCCUAUCUAGGAUCCCAUAGGACAUUUAGUCAUCAUGUCAGGCUCUUCUUGGCUGUGACAGUCUCUCAGACUUUACUUCUGAGGACCUGGAACAGUGUUAGGAGGAUUGGUCAGGUAUUGUGUAGAAUGUCCUCCAUUGUGGUUUACUUGGGGUUUUUCUCAUAAUCAGCCUGGGUUUAGGGGUUUGCGGGAAGCAGAGCAGAUGUGUAGUGUGUCCACAAAAAGAGUCAAAGACUGUAAAAUAUUUGAAGAGAUGUAUUCUGAGCCAGAUAUGAGUGACCAUGGCCCUUGACACAGCCCUUAGGAGACCCUGAGAACAUGUGCCCAAGGUCUUUGGGGUGCAGGUUGGUUCUAUACAUUUUAGGGAGAUAGGAGACAUCAAUCAAGUGUAUUUAAGAUAUAUAUUGGUUCGGUCCAGAAAGGUGGGACAACCCAAUGGAUUAGGGUGGGGUGGGGCUUCCAGGUUAUAGGUACAUUUAAAAUUUUUCUGAUUGGCAGUUUGUUGAAAGACUUACUAUCAAUAGAAAGGAGUGUCUGGGUUAUGAUAAGGGGUUAUGGAGACCAAGGUUUUGUCAUGGAGAUGAAGCUUCCAGGUAGCAGGCUUCAGAGAGAAUAGAUUGUAAAUGUUUCUUAUCAGAUUUAAGGUUGUGUUGAUGUUAAAUGCUGAUUGGCUUUUCCUGAAUUCCGAAAGGGAGGAGGGCAUCAUGAGGCAUGUCUGACCACCUCUUUCCCAUCAUAGCCUGAACCAGUCUUCCAGGUUAACUUUGGUGUCCCCUGGUGGAGAGGUGGUUGUGGGAAAGAUCUUUGAAUUUUAUUUUUGGUUUGCAAGUGCUAGUGUAGUCACUUCAUGCUCUCAAGAUGUGUUAUCACCAUUAAUGUUAACUUUUAUCACUUGGUUGAGGCAGUGUUUUCAGGUUUUUCACUGUGAAGUUACUUUUUUCCCAUGUCUAUAUUGUAUGUAUGCUUUUGGAGGAAGUCAUCAUGCAGAGCUCAUACUUAAAGGAGUGGGGAGUUAGCCCCACCUCCUUGAUGGCUGUCUAUAUCAGGUAUUUGGAAUUCUUCUGUAUAAGAGAUUUCUAUUCAGCCCAUUUGCAUAUCUGUUUAAUCAUUUAUUUAUACCAGUAUGGGUCCACAGAUAGUUACUUUAAUCUUUUGGUGGUUAUCUAAUUGUACAGUAUUUUGUUGCUCUUUGUUCAUAGCUGUGGCCAUUGGUAGCUCUUUCCACUGGCUCCUUUUACAUAAUUUCAUGGUUUUUUUUUAUAAUUUAUUUCUGUUACUUCAAAAGUACCCUGGCUCAUAUAUUUUCUGUCCCAGUCCUAGUUUCAGCUAUUUCUUCUAAUAGCCCUGAUUUCUUUUGUUAGAGAAUGGUAUGAAAAACUUACAUCUGGCCACUAAAUGUGGUCAUUGCGUCAUGACACUUACAGCUGACAGUACAAAGAAAUAUAUGUGUGUCUUCUAACUUAUAUGUACCCACUUAAUUAUAAAGGUUUCUAUGUGGAACCAUCUAUGUAUAUGUUAAGCUAAAUGUGAGUUUAUACUUAUGUUGUAUAUAUAUAUAUUCUGACUCAUUAUGACAGAGAUCAUUCUAGGCUUCCCUAUUUUUUAUCUGUAACUUCUCACUGUAAUAGUGAGGAACCUGGCUCCUACUAUCUGCCAUUUAUUUCAUCCCUUGUACCAUUGGGAACAAGGAGUUCAUUCUUGAUCAAGAUUCCAGGUUGGGACUUAAUAAGAAAUAUAUGUUUGGUCUGUGUCUGCAGUUCCUGGUACAGAGCUUCUAAAACUAUUAUAAUUUCCUGAACAGUAGGGGUGCUAGGAGCAUCUUGUGUUCUAAUAUUUGGUCUUUGGCCCUGGUUCCUGACGCAGAGUUCCUAAAUCUCUUGGAAUCUCCUGGAUAAUAGGAAUGGCUUCUGUUCUAAUAAGGACACUCUGUGGGUUCCUGGAUGGUUUCAGGAUGGGGAUGGUCACCAGAAAGACCAAGCCAUGAUAAGAAGGUUGUAACUUUUAGCUUAACAUGCAAUCCUUUGAGGGUGUGAAGGGACUGGAAAUUGAGUUAAUAAUCCGUCAUGUCUACAUGAUGAAGCUUCCAUAAAAAUUCCUAAAAUAUGGAAUUUGGAAAGUUCCAGAUCAAGGCUGACAGAUUUGAUGUCUAGUGAGGGCUCAUCUAUCAUAGAUAGUGCCUUCUAGCAUGUCGUGACAUGGCAGAAUGGGGAAAUGGGCUCCUAGAUGCUUUUAUAAGGGCACUGGUUUCAUUCAUGAGGACAGCACUCUCAUGAUCCGAUCACCUCUCGGUUACCUCUGAAUACCAUCCCUUUGGGGAUUACAUUUCAAAAUAGGAAUUUGGGGUGGGGGUGUACACACAUUGAGACCAUAAUAACUAGUAAACAUAAGUAAGUAUUUCCUAGUUCCAUAAGCCAUCAUAGCAAAUUGUCAAACCUGAAGAGGGGGUGUAGGAAUGCCUAGUUUCUGGCCAAGUCAUAUAGAAGUUUGGGUAAACUGGGGAUUCACUACUUGUGAUUGGCAUCUGAGGUUGUGGACAGUCUGGUGUUACUAAGCCCUUAACUUGUAGGGUGUAUACUAACUCCAGGUAAUCAGUGUCACAGUUGAAUUACAGGAUACCCAAUUGUUUUCCAGAGAGUUGGAAUAUUGGUUGGUAUGGGAAACACCCCCCACCCCCCCACAAUUUGCUGUUAAAAGUGGAGUGUUGAUAGUAUAGAGGAAAAUCAUGGUUAUUUUUCUUUUUACAGAUAUAGUAGUUUCAAAAUUCACUAUUAUCCCUAUGGGAAAUAACUUUAUAAAAUAGAGUCCACUGUUGGUGUAUAUAGUACGUUUUGUUUUUAGUCUAUGGCUUCUACUCAUUUCCAGCUCAGCACCUUUGGCCCACCACUUGCAACAUACAUUGGUAAUACAGUUCGAUUCUUGGUUGCACUCUGUAUUUUGUCCUUAGAUACUUCCACAUCCUAAAUCAUUUAAUUUGUGUAGAUUGUGAUUUGUUCUUUGUGCAUUAAAAUUCUGUGGGUUUUAUCAAAUGCAUAGUGUCAGAUAUCCACUACUGAAGCAGCAUACAGAAUACUUCAAAUCCCCACCCCAGACAGUCACUGAUCUGACUAUCAUCUCUUUGGUUGUGCUUUUUCCAGAAUGUUAUAUGAAUGGAGUCAUAUAAUGUAUAACAUCUUCAUACUGCCACCCUUUACUUAGCAACAUAGAUGCAAGAUUCAUUCAUUUGUUUUCAUGGAUUGACAGUUCAUUCCUUUCUGUUGGUGAAUGGUGUUCCAUUGCAUGGUUGUACUUCAAAUUGAUUAUGCAUUCAGCUAUUGAAGAACGUUCUGAUUACUUCAAGUUUUGGCCAUUAUGAGUAGAGUGGCUCGUAUAUAAUUACAUGCUAGUUUUUGUUUGAACAUAAUUUUUCAAAGCAGCUGUCUAAACAUACACAAUUUAGGGGUGCAUUUGUUGGAUUGUAAGGUAAGACUUGUUUAUCUUUGGGAAAAACUGUCAAACUAUUUCCCAAAGUGGCUGUACCCAUUCAUGCAUUCUGCCAGUAAUGAAUGGCCGUACCUAUUGUUCUUCAACCUCCAAUUGUUACUGUUGAGCUUUUUUAAGAGUACCACAGUUGUACUAGGUGUGCAGUGAUAUCUCAGCAUUAUUUUAAUUUGCAGUCUCCUAAUGAGAUAUAUUGAGCAUCCUUUUGUGUGAUUAUGUGAUAUCUGUAUAUUUUCUUUUUUUUCUUUUUUCUUUUUUUUUUUUAUUGAGAUAGAGUCUCGUUCUGUCACUCAGGCUGGAGUGCAGUGGCGUGAUCUUGGGUCACUGCAACCUCCACCUCCGAUGUUCAAGCAAUUCUCUUGCAUCAGCCUCCCAAGUAGCUGGGAUUACAGGCACCCACCACCAUGCGUGGCUAAUUUUUUUGUAUUUUUAGUAGAGAGGGGGUAUCACUAUGUUGGCCAGGCUGAUCUCAAAUUCCUGACCUCAGGUGACUCACCCGCCUCAGCCUCCCAAAGUGCUGGGGUUAUAGGCAUGAGCCACCACACCUGGCCUGCUAUCUAUACAUUUUAUUUGGCUGGAUGUCUGUUCAGAUAUUUACCCAGUUUUAUUUGGGUUUUUAGUUUUCUUAGUGUUCGUUUGAAGAGUUCUUUGUGUAUCUUCAAUACAGUUUUUAAAAUCACGUUUGUAUUUUCUAAAUAUCUUCUCACAGUGUGUCUUGUCUUUUUGUUCUCUGAAUAGGGUUUUUCAUAGUAGAAAAUUUAGCUUUAUAAAGUCUGUUCUCAGUAUUUUCACGAAUUGGCACUUGAUGCUGUGUGUUAAAACUCAACACCAGAUCCAAUGUCUCUUAGGUUUUCUUUUAGAUUAUAGUUUUGCAUUUGAAGUUGUAGUCUCUGGACUAUUUUGAGUAGGUUUUUGUGUUUUAAUUUGUGUAUAGAGUCAUUUCAUUCCAUUUGGCUUCCAAAUAAUUCUUCCAUCACCAUUUAUGGGAAGGGUAUGGAUAUAGUGGCCUUUAUUUCGGUUUGAAUUUCCAAAAUUAUGACACUGAAUAAACGGA